CCCAGACAGCCUGGAAGUGUUCGAAAGAUAGUCAGAGCAACAAUCAUUAGAAAAACUACAGAAUGAGACUCAUAGGAGCAAACCACCGAGCGACCGCCAGUAUUCAUCACGUCUUUUGAAAGUUUUUUUGGUCCAAGCGCAAGCAAGAUAGAGGAUAGAAGUUGAAAAGGCAGAAGAUAGAAGGUGAAAAGUGAGUAGGUUUUACAGGCGUACCCAGCUAUGAUGUCUGGACGCGGAGAAGACGAAGCGAACUUUGUUUGGCAAAGGCUUUCGGCUUCUUGAAAAAUAAACACUGAGAAAAUCAACGCUUCAUAGAUGUACAUGUACUAGAUCGACUUAAAUGAUUAUUUGACAACCCACGACGAUCUAAAGUCUGUCCCGCUGCAUAUUGAUGCGCUUAUAAUUCUGAUGUAGAGAACUAGCACAACUACAGCCUAACCUAACCUGCAAGAUCCAUAACCUAACCUAAUCUACAACCUGAGGAUGAAGUGAGUUAUUUCUCUGGACGAUACUAUUACCAAGCGAUUUCGUCUGCGGCUGCGGUGUGAGCCGCGUUUUCUCGCGACUCGUGGAGUCGCUUUGCAUCACAUCAGCAUCAGGUACCUUAAUAUUUUCAUUUUGUGUCUCCUUGGUCAUGAUCUACAUAAGAUAGAAAGUAGAGAUGAUCGUUUCCUGCUCCAUUUCUUCACCUCCUAGAGGUUGGCAUCCAACUACGACAGGAUUCCUUCACACCACCAGUCAACAGCAUGGAUACGAGAGGGUCUUUCGGACGCGGGUCGUCGCGCGGCCUUUUUGCACCAUCUCCCUUCGGCAACGAUGACUGGAUGAGGGAAGGAAACCAUCAAGCAUACCAUGAAGGGAGCGUGGAAGUGGAUGAUUAUUAUGCUUGGAGUUUUUAGUCUUAGGGCUUAGGGUUGUCACUGUCACAGUCACUCGCACUUGUUGUAGAAGUGCAGUUGGCCCUUAAUUCUCCUCCAAAUAUCUAGUCUGCAGUUUUACUUCCCAUUCAAGCCACUUCAGUGAAGUCUAGUUGGGGUUAGCCACUAGCUGAACGCUUGACUAUAAGUUGCUUAGGAGCUUCUAGUUUUCUAGAGCAUUACUUCUACGUAUAAUACAGUCACUCGCACUUGUUGUAGAAGUGCAGUUGGCCCUUGACGUUGAUCGUCGCUCGCCUAGAUGGCAAUUGAAAUAUGGCUUGGUACGUACUACUCCUAACCUAACCAUUACUGAUGAUGAUGAUGAUGAAAUUGUUCAUGUUGUUGGCCUUCAUGUUCAUUGAGCAGAAUGUAGAGCACCUUCUAACCCUUCGGCCAAGGUUCUUCACCCUUGGUAAUACCAGACGAACGACCAGCCGGUCAGGAGGCAGAGGUGAUAGCCCUUGGCGGUGACUCGCCUGGCGGCUUUAGAACUGAUUUGGAGCAAGACCAGGCCCACGGUCAACACCCAGAGGACGGUGGUUCUGGGAUUUUAUCGAGCGUGAGUAAGUUAUGGCAGAUGUUGACUCAGAUUGAGUGAAGAUGGAGAGUAUUUUUCUGAUACAACGGCGUUUCGUCGUGUACAAUAAUCUUCAGAUCUCUGGGGCGGUCGUACUCAUUAGGGUUUGGGGUUUGGGUUUGGGCAUCCUGAAAUGGCAGCAGUAUGCGACUGUUGUCUCACCUCUUCGGUUAGGGGUGAUUGGCAGAAGAAAAGGCACUGAUAGUGAUGGAGAUUCUAAUACUCAGAUAGUGAUGGAGAGUAUUUUUCUGAUACAACUACGGUAGAAAUAUUCUUCACCCUCUGCAAUCCCGAUCAUUAGCAUGUCUAGAGCUCCUUAGCUUUUGCUGUUGUGUUCCUCCUGAUACUUCACUUUCACACCACCCAAUACCCCGCUUGAAGCCGGUACAGCUACCAGGUCUCGGACUUGGCAAUAAUGGAGGGUUGAUCACCAGCAAUAAUGCUGGCUUGACGACGCCAGCGUUUCCUUCAGCUGGCUCAAGCCAAGGGCAACGGCCCGGGAUGUUCACAUUUGGUGGUGGCAUGACACAGCCAAAAGGAUUACAGUUCCCUAGCUUAGGAGGAAGGUCACAACAAGGGAGCAAAGCGGCACAGGAACAUCAAGCGCAACAAGAAGAGGGAGAAACUACAGGACAAGGUCCACCAGCAGAUCCCUCCUCACACCAACAACAGCAACAGCCACCUAAUAGAGGUGGUUUUCAAUCCCUUUUUGGCGGUGCUCCUGCGAUGCAAUUUCCACCUCUUUUCGGAGGACAGCCACGAGGACCGCAACUCCCGCAACCGCAACUUUUAGGUGGCUUAGGUUUAGGACCGGGUCCGGCCAGCGGACCAUUUGGGGGAGCUGGAGGACGUCAACAGGAGCAGCAAGGAGAAAAUAAUCUUCAGGGUGCAGAAGUCGGUGUCGGGACAGGAGAUGGCGCACCACAAGCGUCAACAUGUCCAGGUAGUUCCUCUUCUAGGCAGAUGAAUCUCAUAGCGAGAGUGAUAAUUUCUGACGACUUUGAACCAGAUCUAGCACUCGAAGACUCAUCAGAACAAGAGGAGGGGGAAGAUAUAAUUCCUCAAUGUGUAUUGUCGUGUCCAGAAUCUUCUGUAGAUGUAGAUCUUCUCGAUGCACAGACCGGAGACCUAGUGCAGAACACAAUAUCGUUGCCUUUGCGGUUCCUGAACCUCCAUCUGAACAACUGUGAGUACGAAAAUGGGACCCGAAGAGAGGUCAACGAAAAAGCAUUGAUCAUUAUGAUUGACGGAGAUGGUGGCCCUCAGACAUGAUAGUGUUGUUGUCCUGCUAGUGGCGCUAGUCAUUGUAGUCCUACUAGUCUUUGUAGUCCUACCUAGUUUUCCUUGCAGGACUACUAAUCGCCGCAGUACAAGUACUACUAGUUCUCGUAGUUGCACUAAUCCUUGAUCGAGCACCUUUCCCACUGAGAAGUAAGUCCGAAGCUACUUUUUAAUGUUGCAAACACAGACAAUGACAAUGUAUCUCCUGCUCUAAUCGCAAGUGCCCUCUCGGAAGAUAUUCACGCUCAGACCUACCAGCACUGCGGAUCCAAUUGUGUGGUAGCAGCGGUAAAGUGGGCUUUGUAGACCGAGGCCCGACCCAGGAAGAGGAGGCACCAAAGCCAAACUCGCUGUUGAAGAUGCCUCAGCUUGUACCCGUAAAGCCGCCGAAAAAGGGUGAGGGAAUCUUCCAUUACUCCUUGCAAUUUGAGGCGGACGCCGUAGCAGAGGGUGUGCCUGGGAGUGAAGAUCGGGAACUCUUCUUGGAUGUGAAAUGUCUCCUGAGUGGGACUAUUCAGGUGUCGAAAGUUGUUGGAUGAAGUCGUGGAAGGCACAUAAGAUGCUUAAGAUAGAGAACCAUCAUGGCCGCGUACCAGAACUAACACUGAUUAAUUACAUAAAAAUACGACUUGACAGAGAUAGUAAUCCUGUUUCUUGUUAAUAAUCUUGAGUACCCGGAAAGCCAAAGGUCUCAUCUUCACUGUAUUUUUACCAGUUUGGAUAUUGAUGCGGCGGACGUCCUCAGCCGCGUAGAGUAUUCUUAGUCCGACUUCGGUUGUUCUCUUCUAUGACUUGUGGCGGGUUCUUUGGUUUCCAUGGUUGUUGAUGAAAUUAAGAGCAUCUUCUGUAGGUCGUCUCUGCGUGAGUAGAGGGUCAUCGGUUAGACGUCGAUUCUAUAGCUGAUUUACCUGAGAUGGAUAAAGAACAUUUCAUAAACGGUGACGAGAAUAUGCUUUAUGUUCAAAAGUGUGUGCAUUUACUGACCAC